AUGACACUUGUUGCCGCUUCACACUACCAUCAUCAUCAUGUUUUCGGUGCCGUACCAGCAAGUCGCUACUAUUGUAAUGCUUUACGUACCACAACUUCAGCGGUAUCCCAUAAGAACAACAAGCGUGUGUCCCUUGUAAAGAAUGCAAGAUACGUUAAACCACCACAAACAACGCCAUCAUCACCAUCAUCCGCAAAAUCAAUCAAGAAAAAGAAGACCGUGCGCUUCAGCGAUACAAUUGAGCAUGUACGGUUUUUCUAUCAAUGGGAAGCACCCACCACCGAAACAACAUCACCAUGGUGCCAGCAACUCAAUGAUCAUAAGGGAUCUUUUAAUAGUGGCUUGGUGUUGCCCACGGCCAAUGCACAUGCAAAUGAUAAGGCGGCAGUGAAGCUCGAAUACUUUUCUGUGCAACCUAACCAACAGCAUCCCUUAGUAACAGGGCAAUGCUGUGUGGUCAACUUUGCAUUUGAAAAACAUGUUAUUGUACGCUACACAUUUGACAAUUGGAGAACGUUUAUCGAUACGGAUGCUGUUUAUCAAGGACCCUGCAACGGCAGCAAUCAUAGUAAAGAUCGCUUCUCAUUUUCUUUUGUAUGGCACAACGCAGUAGGCGAGGACCAUCAGCAACUACAAUUGGCUUUGCGUUACCUUGUUAAUGGCCACGAGUAUUGGGACAACAAUGAUGGCCAAAAUUACAACGCUUCUCUUGUCAGCAAAAGCGAUCCAUAA